GCCCACCAUCACCGUGAUGACGUCGUCAAAUUUCGAGUUUUCCAAGUUGGUUAUCUGUUGUGAGGCAGCCGCCGCACGGGCCAACAAUUACAAAUUAUUGACGUCACAUUACGUCAGUGAAAAUUUUUGAAUGAUUAAGGUGGUAAGAAACUACUACUGAAAAUGAAAUUUGAAAAGAGGUAUCAAGACAUAGUCACGUUCAAUAAUAGAAUUUGAGGAUGUAAAUAUAAAUUUUCCACGUAUGUGCUGAUAAAUUAUGGCUUUCACACUUUGGACUCUUUUUGAAGCCACUCUUUUAAUUUUAAAUGCUGCCUGUAUUUUGCACGAAGAGAGAUUUCUUAUGAAAUAUGGCUGGGGUGCAAACCAAAAUAUUCAGGGAUUUGGAGAACCUCCAACUAUUAAAUCACAAAUCUUAAAUCUACUCAGAUCAAUACGUACAGUUAUGAGAAUACCUUUGAUUUUCAUCAAUCUCGUUACAAUAUUUGUGAAACUAAUCCUUGGAUGAUGAGAUAAACAUUCCAAAACAAUGUAUAUAACUAAUGAAUGAAUGCUGUAUUCAUAACUGAUAAAAAUGGUGUGAUGAAUUUGAAGAAUAUUAAUAAUUUAUUUUUUACAAAAUUGUACAAAGAAUAAUAAAUAAUUUUUUCUUCGUCUUA